AUGUCCCUCUCCGCAGACCUCACAACACAGGAAAAGCUGCUACUAUCACAAGCAAUCUACAAGCUCGGGGCUUUCUCCUGGCCCCAGGUUUCAGACUUGCUGCUCGUCCACCCGUCUAUCAAACCGCGGCCCAAGGAGCUCUUCACACCGGAUAGAUGCGAGGCCAUGUACAAAGAGAUGUUGGGGGCCAUCGGUAUCAAUGUCCCCACACCGGAUGGCAUGAAACCCCACACCAAAUCCCACCUCCGCCUCGCCCAAACGCACUACAUCGCCCGCAUGUCCGAGCUCCACGCCCAAAUCGCCGCACACGAAUCCCGCUUCACAGCCCUCGUGACUGAAGUGACAUCGCUCAAAUCUGGGGAGCUGGAUGAUGCGCUCAAGAGAGAGAUUGUGGAAGGGCUGGAGAAAAAGUUUGGGAAGAAGGUUAUGGAUGGGUGGUUGGAGGGGGAGGGGAAGGGGCUUUUCAUGAAGGCGGUGGAGGCUGGGGAGGUGAAGGCGGGAGAGGUCGACCCGGAAGAAGAAAAGAAGAGGAAGGAGAAGGAGGAAGAGGAGAGGAAGGAGAAGGAGGUAGAGGCAGCCAAGGUCGCGGCUGCUAAAGCUAAAGAGGCGGAAGAAGCUGCUAAAGCGCAAGCUGAAGCCGAGGCUGCUGAACAGGCUGAAAAGGCAAAGCCUGCUGGGCAAGCCGCUAAAGAAGCCGCAAAGGCAGAAGCUGCCAAAGCCGCCGAGGCUGACAUCUCUCCCGCCCAAUCCCCUCUCUCCCCGGCUCCAUCCGACCUUUCUCCCAUCAAACCCGAGCCUGCCCCAAAGAGGUCACACAAGCGCAAAGCAGCUUCCCAGCCAAAGGGUGCGCCUGCUGGUAAGAGGGGUGGACGUCGAGGCGCUGCGGCGGCAGCUGAAGCGGAAGAGUCGGAAGGAGAGGAGGAAGAGCACUCGGACGAGGAAGGUGAUCAUGAAGAGGAACAGCCUGCCACCCGAGGUCGUCAGGCAAAGCGCUCCUCUCCCGCCAAACCGUCUCUUUCGCCUACAAAAGAAGGCUCGCCCGCCAACUCUCGCCGUGCUCCGUCCGUCUCUUCUACCAACUCUGCUACGCCGGGCGAAGAGCGCCGAAGUACACGACGAGGCGCCGCGUCUCGCAGGGGCAAACGAGAGGUCUCCAAGCCUGUUCGUGACCAAACAGCUGAGAGGGAGGAGGAAGACAACACUUCUGUCGCGGGCGAAGACCACGAAGAACCCCGCAAAGCCACGCGCGCCUCCCGCCGCAAGUCUGGUGCUGUCGAAGCCGCCACCCCGACCCCCUCUGCCACCGAGCGCCGUGGUACAAGGUCUACAGCAGUAGUCCGCCCCCGGCUAGGUCAUCGCGAAGUGGCCGCAAGUGAGUUGUCUGUGGCAGGUGGGGAAGAUGGGGUAGCAGCCAAGGAGGAGGCCGCGGGAUCUUCGACAACCCUUGCGCCUCGCGUCGCGAAAAGGUCUUCCAAGCCCUUCUUGUUGGCUCUCUUUGAGAUUAUCCUGUCUCACAAGUUUUCCAACGUCUUUGAAAAUCCCGUUCGCAAGAGCGAGGCUGCAGACUACUAUGACGUGAUCAGAAAGCCGAUGGACUUGAAGACUGUCAAGGCUGGGAUCAAGAAUGGGAGAAUCGGAAGCAUCGAUGAGCUCGAGAGGGAUGUCUUGUUGAUCUUUUCGAAUGCGAUGAUGUACAACGCUCCAGAUUCGCAAGUCUACGGGAUGGCAAAGGACAUGAUGAAGGAUUGCGAGGGGCAUUUCGUGCAUUAUAGGAACAUGGAGAUGGAGAUGGGCGGGGAUGGGGCUUAG